GCAAAGUUCUCCCAUUGAGUCUCCGACGAAAGGCAAAAGGAAAUAUAGUUGUAUGUUGUGCGUGCCCCAAAGACACACGCGAGAAUGGCAGGUCCAACGGUAGUCAUAGUUGGUGCUGGAGCAGGGGGGAUCGCGGCUGCCACGCAGCUUGCUCGACAAGGCUUCAAAGUGCAAGUGCUGGAACGCUAUGACAGUUUCGGUGGUCGUUGCUCGCUUCUCUAUAAGGACGGAUUUGUGAGUAUUGCCGGUAGCCACCCAUCCGACUUCCAGUCGCUCACGCAAGCAGCGAUUUGACCAAGGACCGUCGCUGGUGCUGAUGCCCGAACUAUUCCGGAGAGCCUUUGAAGAUCUCGGAACAUCAAUGAAGAACGAGGGUGUCUCUAUGCUGCGAUGCGAGCCCAACUACUGUAUCUGGUUCCCGGAUCAUGAUUCGAUCGAGCUCUCAAGAGAUAUGCCACGCCUAAAGGCCGAGAUUGAGCGCUAUGAAGGACCAGGGGGCUUCUACCGCUUCUGUGCCUUCAUGGCAGCGGCUGGAUAUCAAUACGAAAUGUCAAUGCAAAGUGUCUUUAACCAAAGCUUUCCCACGUUGUGGAGCAUGAUACAGGUCUCCUUGAUCAAGGCCGUACUGGCUCUCCGACCGUCUACCAGCUUCUACCAGCAGGCUGCCACGUUCUUUCGCUCGGAAAAAAUGCGACACGCAUGGAGUUUUACCAGCAUGUAUCUGGGCAUGAGUCCAUACCGUGCGCCCGGAACCUAUUGUAUGCUGCCCUAUGCCGAGAUCAGCGACGGCAUUUGGUAUCCGAAAGGAGGCUUCCAGAAAGUCCUUCAAGCACUCGGCGAGGUCGGGACGCGUCUCGGGGUUCAAUAUCGUUUCAAUGCUCUAGUUAAAAAGGUGCAACUCUCAACAGACGGUCUCACGGCGACAGGAGUUCAGCUCACGUCAGGAGAGGUCGUCGCGGCGGACCUGGUAGUGAUCAACGCUGAUCUUGUGUAUGCAUGCAAUCAUCUCCUACCACCCUCUUCCCAUGCCCGCCGUCUGCAGGACCGAUCGACCUCUUGUAGUAGUAUCUCUUUUUACUGGUCAUUCAGCGAGAGGAUCCCUGAGCUCAAACCCCACAAUGUGUUUCUAGCCGACGAAUACCGCAAGAGCUUCGACACUAUCUUUGACGAGCAGGGCAUACCGGAGGAUCCGUCAUUCUACGUGAAUGUUCCAAGUCGAGUAGAUCAGUCGGCUGCACCGACAGGGAAAGACGCAGUCAUGGUGUUGGUGCCAGUGGGUCAUCUGCCAAAAAGCACAAUCACCGACGCUGAACGAGAACAAGCAAGAUGGGAGUCCUUGGUAGCCCGGACAAGAGACACGGUGAUUAGAAUCAUCGAGGAACGCACCGGAGUACGAGAGCUCCGAUCCAAGCUCUUGAAUGAGCAGGUCAACACCCCCUUGACAUGGCGUGACAAAUUUAAUUUAGAUCGCGGCGCAAUUCUUGGGCUGUCGCAUUCUUUUGACAAUGUGGGAUGUUUCCGUCCGCACGUAAAACAUCCUCAGGUACAAGGAUUGUACUUUGCCGGGUGCAGCACACAGCCAGGAGCUGGAGUUCCGGCAUGCUUGGUCAGUGGCAGGCUUGCCUCUGAGCAGAUUGUGAAGGAUUGGCAAAAGAGAGACGAAUUCCAACCGUUCCCUCGGUGGGCGUUCCUGACUGGCCUUGCCAUACUGGGUAUACUGACAGCAGUAUCGACGUCUUUGCGCCGUCUGGCUGAGUAUCCAAACGAGAAAGGUUAAGGUCCGUGCACGAUGAAACAGGCUAGAUAUUGUAACAGAUGAGAUUCAGGUACCCGAUGGGUUUCUUUCCCGAACUAUUUAUUCCACAUGCUGCAGACUCACAACACCG